GCUGCAACUAAGGGGAACUAUCUUGGGCCUUUGAUUGUAGCUGUUUCUCCUAUUCCCAUCCUCAAACGAACAUCCAAAUCACCUUCCGUACUGCUCAUUUCAUCUCUGGGCGCUGUAAUUCCAGCCCCUGCGCGCACCUUGUACGGAUCAACUAAGAGUGCAUCUCUCCUGCUCUAUCAGGCACUGGCAAUUGAACACCCCUCUAUAUGUUUCUCGCUUGUGUUGCCGAGCACUGUAGCGGGGGAUUUCCGUGCCUCUUCCGUGGAUCAGUCGAACAGCCAGCCCGCACAGGUUACCGUUGGAACAACUUCAAAUCCCAAUAGCACAUCCGGACUCAAAUCCUAUUAUGUCGCUAAGCAGUGUAUACAAGCAGUGGAUCAUUCGGAGAAGGUCGUUUUCAUACUUCGUACGAUGAGAAUAGGGCACUUACUCUACUGGAUUUGGCCUGGGUUGAUUGUGAAUAAGGCAAGGAAGAAAUAUGGUUUUACUCCAAAAUAA